GGUUGGAUGAAACGAGCCAAGGCCGAGUUGGCCGAGUUCGAGUUCCUCUACAUGUACUUUGACAUUAGCGAUUUUGUUCUCCAAGAUAUGAGCGCCACCGCUAAAGAAGUGCGCUACCAUGUCCUUCGUCGCCUGGUUCCUCAGCAGGUAAAAAACGUGAAGCGACACCUUUCCUUCCCGUCUAUCGAGGAAUUUAACGAACCUCCGCCUGAUGGGUUCCAGCGUAUCUCUAUGAGAUACCUGAUGACUGAUAUUGGUACAGAACUUCAGACCAGCAGAGAGGACAUCAUUCCAGCCCUUCGGAGGAUCAAUGGUCAUUUGGAGAAGCUUGUGGAGAAUGUUCAAGGACCAUUCCGACCAUUCGAGCUCAUGGAUCCAGACUUGUUUCGUCAGUCUGUGCUUUUGAAGUUUGACUUUUAUCCGCCUCGGCCUGAACCGAGUUCACAGCUAGAGUAUGAACCCGAUGAGUGGCUUGCGAGUAGCUGUUCUGAUUUGUCGGAACUAGCUGCUUUUGAGCUUUCCGAUUGCAGUUCGUUUGGUGGACAGGAUGACGAGCUGUUCCGUCCCUGAAUGACAGGGAACUCCUAUGCAAUAUUGCGAGUUCCUUUGAACCUGG